GCUCUGUAAUUUGUGGUGUGGUGGUAGGUGUUAAAAACUUAGGAACUAUUCAUUAUCCGAAAGGUGGCAAAUUAUGUGAGUGAAAGUGGACACCAGUGCACAACACAAAGUCACAAACCAUGGCUUUCUCUUCUCAACUAUGGUCCCUGCAGAGAAUAUGCUUGUUUGUUGUUGUUUUUCCACUAGUAUUAUUUCUUGCUCCUGUUUCAGCAGAUUGCUACUCAUCAAUCUUUAGCUUCGGAGAUUCCCUCACUGAUACCGGCAACUUGUAUUUCAUUUCACCACCGCAGAGCCCCAAUUGCUUGCUCCCUCCAUACGGCCAAACUCAUUUUCAACACCCAAAUGGACGCUGCUCCGAUGGCCGCCUCGUCCUCGAUUUCCUUUCUGAGUCUUUGGGGCUUCCGUAUGUGAAACCGUAUCUAGCUUUCAAGAAUGGAGCGGUGGAACUUGGGAAUAUUCAGCAGGGAGUGAAUUUUGCGGUUGCUGGAGCCACUGCAUUGAGCCGCAGUUUCUUUGAAGACAAGGGGUUUACUGUUGAAGUCACUACAAACUUCUCUCUCAGGGUUCAGUUAGAUUGGUUCAAGGAAUUGCUGCCUUCACUCUGCAAUUCUUCAAGUUGUGAAAAAGUUCUAGGCAGCUCAUUAUUUAUUGUGGGAGAGAUUGGAGGCAAUGACUAUGGUUAUCCCUUGUCUCAAGCAAACGAAUUUGAAGUUCCUGUUACAUACAUACCCCAAGUAAUAUCUGUAAUCACUUCAGCAAUCAUGGAGUUGAUUGAUUUAGGAGCUGUAACUCUUAUAGUUCCUGGAAUUUUACCACUUGGAUGCAAUCCAGCCUAUUUAACAGGGUUUGCAACUACAGAUGAAGAAGAGUAUGACCGAGCUGGCUGUUUGAAAUGGUUAAACAUGUUUCAUGAACACCACAAUGAUCUGCUUCAAAUUGAACUAAAUCAACUUCGUGUGCUAUAUCCUCUUACUAACAUCAUCUACGCAGAUUUUUUCAAUGCUGCAUUGCAGAUUUACAAAUCUCCAGAAAAUUUCGGGUUUGGUGGAAAUGCUCUAAAAGUUUGUUGUGGAGGUGGAGGUCCCUACAAUUACAAUGAUACUGCAGUGUGUGGUAACUCAGGGGUGAUUGCAUGUGAUGAUCCAUCACAAUAUGUUAGCUGGGAUGGGUAUCAUUUAACUGAGGCUGCAUAUAGAUGGAUAACAAAGGGUUUGUUAGAUGGGUCCUACACCACUCCUAAAUUUAAUUUGUUGUGUCGUACAAGUGAGACCUCAGAAGAUUUCAAUAACUAUGCAAUGAAAUGGCAAUGAAUGUAUUUUUCUUGUUCAAUGUUAAAAGUCCUUUUAUUUUCA